UGUGUUGUCAUGUGACGUCAUCCUGCUAGAGGACAGGCGUUGUUCUCCGCACAGGCGGGCUGAACCGGGUCCGGUCCUUCAGGUCCAGUUCGGAAACACUCGAAUACAGGCCGAUAUGAGACAGUGAGACCUCAGCAAACACGAAUCCUCUCUGAUCACCAUGACGACGCAGCGUUAGAGCUCAGCAUCCGCAGCAUCAGCAUCAUCAGGAUGGAGUUUAAAGAGCUGGUGGACACCGCGGAGAAAUGGUGCUCCGGGAACCCCUUCGACCUGAUCUUCGCCGAGGACGUGGACGAGAGGCGGCUGGACUUCUACGCCGAGCCCGGGAUCUCGUUCUACGUGCUCUGCCCGGACAAUCUCACGGGAGGAACCGACAAUUUUCAUGUGUGGAGUGAGAGCGAGGACUGUCUACCGUUCCUCCAGUUGGCGCAGGACUACAUCUCCUCCUGCGGGAAGAAAACACUGCUGGAGGUGCUGGACAAAGUCUUCAGAUCCUUCAGGCCUCUCCUGGGUCUUCCAGAUAUCGAUGAUGACACAUUCGAUCAGUAUCAUGCAGACGUGGAGGAGGAACCAGAGCCAGACCACCAGCAGAUGGGUGUGAGCCAGCAAUAAUGGCCAGCAGUGAGGCUCAGUCUCUGCAUCAAGCCCUGCUCUCGUAACCUUACUCACUGGCUCUUCUCCUUACACACACACACACACACUGCAUCAUUACACCCUUUAAUAUCUGGACAGCUUUUCCUGCACCCUGAUUUUAACUCAGAUGAUCAUGUUAUUUUGAUCUAUAUUAACUCUCAUGUCAAUAUUUGUCAUGUCAUGAUAACUCUAAUCACAUUCAAGCAGAGAUGAAAACAAAUAUCUCAUUCCCAGCUCUCUCUUUUUUUAUUUUUAAAUCUCCCUAACCCAUCAUGUGACUGGAGGUGACGUAAAGAUCAUAAGGUAGUAAAUAUGUUCAGAAUAGAAUAAUGCUGGAUUGUUGUCACAUGAUUACGUUGCAUGUUUAAUUCAGCGAGUGGCGUGCUGUUGUCAUCUUCAAAAAUAAGGAUGUUUUGAAUCCAAUUAUGUGGUAAAAACACCUUAGUUCCUCAUAGUCUGAUCAAAUUU